ACUAAAGGCACACAGAUCACGAACUGUACUGCAGGCUUCACAUAGAGAGCAAACAGAGAACCACUGUGGACACAUCCAGACCUACAGAACUGAAUCAGAACUGAGACAAAAUGGAGCAAGAGAAGAAAUCUCAGACAACAGCAGAGCAGAUGACUGACAGGGAUCUGUCAGAACAAAUAAAAAAGGUGACCAUGGAAAUCCACACCAGGGCAGAAAAAACUGAACUGAUGAUGAGCUUCAUGAGGGGACAAGUCACCCUAGCACAGUACAAGCUCCUCCUGUGCUCGCUGUACGAGGUGUACCAGACCUUGGAGGAAGAGAUGGACAGGAACUCCAACCACCCUGGUGUCGCACCCAUUUACUUCCCCACUGAACUGGCCAGACUGGACGCCAUCGCAAAAGACCUGGAGUACUUCUACGGCCGGGACUGGAGAGAGAAGAUCGUUGUCCCUGCAGCCACUAAAAGAUACUGCCACAGACUCAGACAAAUUGGUAAAGAAAACCCUGUAUUUCUUGUGGCCCAUGCUUACACUCGGUACCUAGGUGACCUGUCUGGAGGGCAGGUCCUGGGUCGAAUCGCCCAGAAGUCCAUGGGGCUGAAGAGCAGCGAGGGCCUGUCCUUUUUCGCCUUCCCUGGCGUGUCCAACCCCACCCUGUUCAAACAACUGUAUCGCAGCCGGAUGAACAGCGUGGAGCUGACGGAGGAGGAGAGGAACGGCAUGCUGGAGGAGGCUGUCAGGGCGUUCGAGUUAAACAUUCAGGUUUUUGAUGAUUUGCAGAAGAUGCUGCUGACCGUCCCUGAACAGAAGCUGCAGACUUGUUCAACACAAUCAGUGAACACACUCCAGAUUCUUAUCGGCAAAACUGCCCCACUGUUCAGGAUGGUAAUGGGGCUGUUUGUGGCUCUGGCCACAGUCAGUAUAGGACUUUAUGCUUUUAGAGAAGAUGCAUAAAAAGAAAUACUUUGUUUGUCUGUUGCUGUUACUGUAAGGCUAUGAAAAGAUCGUAAGAUUUAAAACUCUUGUAAAUGAAAAGAAUAAUGUAAAUAUUUUGUAAUUUCACUGUGAACCAGGUUUAAGAUGUUAUGUGUAAUGAUGUUUUGAUUCUAUUUUCCGUCCAAGACUUUAAUCCAAUGUUAACUAAAUGUGCAAUACGUGUGCUUUCAACACAGUAAAUAUGGAACCUUUUUAAUAAAACCUUUUGACAAAGUA